ACGAGUGACGUACAUACGUCUUGUACUUGCAGGCCUACGUGAUGCGCGAGUGUAGAACGUGUAGAAUCAACUGAUGUUUUGAGUCAAUAAUGAACCCCCUAACGUUACGUGAUUCCCCAAGGUUUCCACGCCGCGAAGUGUAUGAUGAAGAAAUGUCAGUAGAGAGAAACUGGACGGACACCGAGACGAGGGCGCUGCUGUAUAUCCGACAGGACAAAGAUAUCAGCAGGCAAAUCAGCGGGACCGUUCGCGAUUCUCUUAUUUACGCCGAAAUAACGAGGCUCCUUCGGGCGCAGGGCAUCCACAGAACUAAGCGACAGGUCACCACCAAACUGAAAACACUCAAGAAGAAGUUCCUGAAAAUUCACGAGCAUCACAAAAAAUCUGGGCACGGCAGAGUGUACUGGAAUUAUUAUGAUCUAUGCAAGUCCAUAUGGGGCAGCAACCGCCCUACGAACACUUUAACACUUCAUAAUAACGUGAAACCCGAAGAGCCCCAGAGUACAUCCAUCGAGGACGCGCGGAAUGAGAGCAGAAGCACAUCCACUGACAUCGACGUGUCCGUCAAUCAUGACGCGGAGACGGAGGAGGACACGAUGACAGGAGCUGUUGCUCAACCAGCGAGGAAGAAGGCCAAAAAACAUCGUUUCACUGAGCAAGAAAGUCUCCAUGUGCAGAACGAGAGGGAGUAUGAGGAGCGUUUGCGAAUGGAAGCCAGAGAGGAACGGAAGGAGGAACAGGCGAGUCUGAUGGCCAUGUGGAAGGAGAUGAUGGAGUUUCAAGGGAACCUCUUGAGGGAGUUUAUCCACCGGCCGUCACAUCCGUCUUACCACAACCGAGGACACUCUACCUUUCCCAGCACAAGCUACACGACUCCGUACGCUUCUCCAGGAGCUGAAACUGAGAAUGAAAGUGCAAUCUUACAGGAGGAAGAUGAGGAGGAGGAAGAGGAGGAGAAAUACAUUAUUCCAGCUGAGAUUGCACCGGUGUUGGACGCUCAGCCAGUUAACAGUGCAAAUGACAGCCAAUCAAACACCACAGAGACUGAUUCACCCCCGCCCACACAAUCAGCAGGAGAGAGCGACCUGGAGAUGUGUGUGCUGCGCAGACAGGAACGAGUCCUACAGCUUCAGGAAGAGUACUAUUCUCUCAAAAUCAAGUAUCUGAAAGACAAGAUGGCCAAGGAUUCAGGACAGAAUGACUAAGGAAGUUCACGAGUGAUUGGCCAAAAAGCUUGCUUUUCAAUUGUAGAUGUUCUCAGCUGGACUGUGAAGAAUAUAGCUGGACUGCGGCUCAUGUUCCUUUACACAUUUGUAAUCCAUAUGACAUAUUUUGGCCUGUAGAUGGCAAGGUGGUUACUUCAUAUUUGCUCUGGUGUUGUCACUAGACACAUCCAAGAGAGAUUAACAGGCAGGUCUUGUAUAUUCUUUAAACAUAUUCAUAUUUUUAUAUGCAUUCACUUAAUGGCAGUUUACUAUUAUUAUUAUUAUUAUUUUGCCUUUGAAAUCAAAAUUGUCCCCAUUUACUUGUUCUAAACGAUUCAUUGAUUUAUGUUAUGUAACACCCACUUUUCACAAUCUAUUCCUAAUGGAUAAAAGUCUUGCUCUACUUCGUUUAAAGUUCUGGUUGACACAAUACUGCAGUAAAAUGGGUUGUAAUGUAAAUGCAGUUUAUUUUUGACUGUGGGAGCAUGAUCCAGACUUUGUGCUCUGGAUAUGAAGUAUGUCUGUUACCAUGAUUUUUCAUUAAAUUAAUAAAAAACAAAAAGGUG